AUGGGUACUGCAACCACUCAGAAGAAGAUUAUGGUGUCUGGUGGUGGGGCCGCGUAUUUCAAACCUGCACCAUCAGAGAUUUUGUACGGACGCAUGCGUUUUCUGAUUACCGACAGACCGAACGAUAGCUCCAUCAAUUCAUUCAUUGAGGAGCUCGAUAAACAUUCUGCUCGGGCUGUAGUGCGAGUUUGUGAACCAACAUACGCUACAAAGCCUCUUCGUGAUCAUGGUAUCGACGUACUCGAUUGGGAGUUUUCCGAUGGUUCCCCUCCUCCGCCUGAAGUGAUUCGUGACUGGCUGCAAUUAGUACGUGAAUCGUUUCGUGACCAUCCGGAACAAUGUAUUGCUGUGCACUGCGUUGCAGGCCUUGGACGAGCUCCCGUCCUUGUUGCACUUGCGUUAAUCGAAGCUGGUAUGAAGUACGAGGAUGCUGUUGAACUAAUUCGAAGGCAACGACGAGGCGCGCUGAACCAAAAACAGCUCAAUUUUCUCGAGAAGUAUAAACCAACUGGCGAACUUCGUAAAUUACGAUACUCUGUUAAUGGAAAGCAAAAGUCAUGCGUUAUCACGUAA